GAUCGUUAUGUUGACGAAUCUGGUUCAGCAGAACCACAAAUAGACCCCUCUCAAGACUAUAUACUAAUUAAGGGUUAUGAAAACGGCACUCACACGGUAUUGAGAUUUCGCAGAAAACUUGAUACUUGUGAUAAUAAACAUGAUAUUGCAAUAAAUAAUAAUACAAUGCGCAUAAUGUUCAUGUACUAUGAUGAAGAUCCACCAAGGGGAUCUGUUACGCCAACAGCAUUGCCAAAUCCAGAGGAAGCUUGGCGUCCUUAUAGAUCUCUGUUGCUGCUACAAAAAUCCCCUUUGGACUUAUCAUUUUCUGAUGGAUCUGCAAGAAUUUUGGAGCUCCGAAAUCAGGAAGUUGAAUUGCCAUACGGCGAUGACUCUCAAUUUUGGUGUAAAAUGUUUAAAUUAGACAAAUUGGAAAGGAAACAUCAUAUAAUUAAAUAUGAACCGAUUUUUGAUUCCUCAUGGAGUUAUCACUAUUUGCAACAAAUGACGUUGUAUGAAUGUCAGGGGAAUAGUGUAGAUCUAGAACAACUAUCACGUGGUGCCGGACAAAUGUGUUUGGGUGUUAAAAGUUUGCACGUGGCAUGCAAUGCUAUUGUUGCCUCAUGGACAAGGGGUUCAGAGGGAUUCGUAUUUCCACCAGAGGCUGGAUUUCCUUUGGAAUCUAAACAUAAUAAAUACUAUAUGAUGGAAACCCAUUACAGCAAUCUAAAUGCCGAAUUUGAGCCAUACCAAGCACGUCGUAUGACCGAUAGUUCAGGUUUGAAAAUUAUAUUCACUCCGGAUUUGAGACCGCAUGAUGCAGGUGUACUAUCAAUUGGUAUGGAUCCCAAUUGGCGUCAUAUCAUUCCACCAGGUCAGGAGCGUGUUAUUUCGCAGGGUCACUGCAUGGAAGAUUGUACUGGAUCGGCUUUCCCGCCCCAGGGCAUAAAUAUUUUUGCAGUAAUGAUGCGCACUCAUCAAAUUGGCAAGGAAGUCAAAUUACGUCAGAUUCGACAAAGUGAAGAACUCUUUCCCAUUGCUCACGACAGCAACGUAGAUUCAAGCUAUCAAGACUUUCGCCGUCUUUCUCAUCCUGUGCGCUCAUUGCCUGGCGAUAGAUUGGUUGCGGAGUGCAUUUAUGAUAGUUCGUCACGAAAGGCAAUUACACUAGGUGGACUUACUAUGAAAGAGGAAUCGUGCACAGUGUUAACUCUGUAUUAUCCUCGCCAAAAGAGCCUGACAACAUGCCAUUCACUGCCGAGUUUACCAACUGUAUUGCAUUCUCUGGGCAUUGAACAGUUGGCCAUGAAUUCCAAUCCAGUUGUUAUAGAGUCACCACCUGAAUUAGCCGGUAUGACAUUAGAGACUCGUCUCUUGUCAUACGAUUGGGAAAAUCAAUUUGACAAAUUUCAGGAAGCAACUUUGCUUGGAACUUUUAAGCCAAUUUGUAGUGGAGCUCAUAAUCAAAUUUUACCAAUAUCUGAACACUUGAUAGGCUACAAUAAGAAUAUUAGCAAGACGUACAAGGAACCAAGACGAUGUAAACCAAAGCGGCUAUUUGUCACCGAAACGAUUCCUCAACUCGAAUUACCUGUUUUGCGCGAUUUUGAAAAUAAUCACAUUAGCGAAGCAUCAGUACGCAGCAGCCGCAGUUCGUUCAUUGAAACGUUAGCGUUAAGUGGUUCUGAGUCUUCAUCUUCCAGACAACAUGUUAACUGGCACAGUAUACAUUUGGCAUGUCUGUUCUCACUGACGAUUUUAUGGUUCGCCAGAUGA